AUGUCUGCACCCAAGCGCCUGUUCCUCAGCGACGAGGAGCUUGGGAAGAAAUAUGACGACCAUAAUAGACCCAAUUCUAUAUACGGAUCGUCAAUCAUGAACUUCUGGCGACGGCUCCCGCGACGACGGCGCAUCGCCUUGGCCAUAACCGUCGCACUCCUCCUUUUUAUAUUCUUCAGACAUGUGCCGACACGUACGCGCGAUAUCAGUGACGGGCAUCUGUGGUCGCACCCUCAAUAUGAUAGCUAUACCGACUCGGAACCCCUUGAAACAGAUAACACACCCGAUGAAGAUGGCGUUCGAUACUAUCGCGGACUUAUCGAAUUCGAGUCGUUACUUGCGUCGUUAUAUUCUUCGCGCAGUUGGGGUGACGAGGAUCAGGACGCCGUCGUCUUUGCGACGGGCGAAUUGAAGUUCCUGGGCGAUAUACUUCCCGUAGCAUGCGAUAUGGCUUCUAGAGAACGGAACAAGGUCCAUCUUGCAAUCAUGGGACGAGAGGAAAUCCCGCUCGCCGAUGUCCAGAGAGCCAACGCAUUUAUAGAAGAGGACUGUCCUAUAGUAUGGCAUGAUGCCCGGCCUGACCAUGCUUCGUCUUCGAGCCCCUGGCGCCUGGAGUUGAGCGUCAAGGCGGCCAUGGUUCAUAUGUAUCGAGUCUUGAAUCCUCGAGCCAUUAUUACUCGUGAUGCCGAGCACGAGGAAUCAUUUUUCAUGGAUGCUGUUGAAUUCCGCGCUUAUCAGAUGAGGAUGACGCAUAUUGCGCUGCCCAGCUCCAUGUCUAAUUUCAAAUGGAUUGCAGAUUUGGACUCUAGUUCUCUUGAGGCUUGGAACGACGUUCAAACAGAAAUACUCAUCAACGCUCCUCCUGCUUCUUCAGGAUCCCUUCGGAAGCUGCUCAAAGAUCUCCAGCAUGCCGAUUACUUUGGCCCCGCUCCCGGAUUAACAAUUGAAUUGCCCGUUGACGCGGACCCAACGUUGCUCAAAUACCUAAAGACUUUUCGUUGGCCUCCACGGACAGGCAGUCGUCAUUUUACGCUUCGUCGCCGGGUAUCACCUUCUGUCAUGACAUCACAGGAGGCCGCGGUCAGAGCGGUUGAUUCAUUUUAUCCAAAGGAUUCCAGCCGUUAUCAUGUGCUUGUGGUAUCCCCCAACACGGAACUGGCACCGUCGUUUUUCCACUUCCUCAAAUAUUCAUUAUUAAAGUACAAAUAUUGCGCAAAGGAGAACAUCCCAGCUCACUUGGUUGGAAUUUCUCUCGAGAUGCCAUCAUCUCGCCCCACCGAUGGGAAGCCGCUCUCCGUCCCCAAAAGUAUAACAAAAUCUACCUCCGCUGAAGCGCGGAAGGACGAACUUCCAACAUUACUGUGGCAGAUGCCUAAUAGUAAUGCUGUAUUGUACUUCGGAGACAAGUGGCUAGAGUUCCAGUCCUUCCUCUCCAACCGGCUUGCUCCAUCCAUACAGGCGAAACAAAAGACCCCUCCCAAGGUUAUUACAAAAGCAUUCCCUUCUUGGAUGGAUUAUAUGCUUGAAUUUAUGCGUGCUCGGGCUUACUACCUUACCUAUCCCGAAUUUGCAACCCAAGGCGACCUCGCUUUAGCUACAGUGCAUAACGAAUUAUACCAGCCUCCCGAGGAAUAUGAUGACCCUAAACAACAGCAGGUAGAGUCGAAUUUCGAUGAGAAGGACCUUGCCCACUCCCCUUCGACUAUAACUACCUUACUUGAUAUCUACCCCGGAAGCUUACCGGACAUCCGUGAGUUGUCGGUGCUACCAUAUACCGGGGAGAUUGCGGAUGUUGAUGACUUUAUGGAGAAACGAGACUCGUUUCGACGAACGUUCAGGAAAGACAUUGGUGGUUGUACCGAUGGCGACGAUAUACCUAAGAUUGUCCCACUAAAGGCUGACGACCUGUUUUGCCAAGCGGAUAUAACGAAAGAAGGCCUGGAUGCCCCAAUCUAG